GGUAAGAUUUUUGUCACACUGCAGUCAGCAUCUUCUGAAGCGGAGCGGAGCAGCCUGAGGAGCGAGGAUACUCAGCCUGAAGAACUGUCGAGAAAAGACACACACGGGAGGGAUUUCUUCACAUUUAUACAGUCACACAGAAGCAGCCUGAUGCUGGCGGAGGGCAGACAGACGCCGGUGGCAGCCGCCGCCGUUGUGCACGGUCCCGGCGGAGAGGAGCGCACGGAGUCGUGCCCGCGCAGCACCUUGCUCGACCAAAGCCGGCGGCACCGGACAGCGUUUACGCGAGAGCAGCUGUCCCGGCUGGAGCAGGAGUAUGGCAAGGAGAGCUACGUGUCCAGACCCCGGCGCUGCGAACUGGCCACAGCUCUCAAUUUACCGGAGACAACAAUAAAGGUGUGGUUUCAGAACAGGAGGAUGAAGGACAAACGUCAGAGACACUCUUUGCCGUGGCCUCACCCUCUUGUCGACCCUCUGGGGGCGCUCCUGAUGGGCCGUGCCUCUCCUUCCUCCACCUUGCCGUACCCCUUUAUCCCACCCCACCUGCCACACCUCCCUCUCCACCACCACUACCCCCUGGCUCUCUCCUCACCGGCAUCCUCAGCUCACAGCCGCUACAGUGCACCUAUGAGGACCCUGGAUGCACUCCGCCUCUCCCAGUACCACAACCGACCAGGAGGGCUGCCUCCAACCACAGCAGCCCUCUACCCCUCCACCAGCAUCAUGCACCAUCCCGCCUCAUGUCCCUGCCCCCUCUGUCUGCACUGGGGACCAGAACAACUGCUGAAAGCCAGAGGGGAGACACUGGGACUGAGUCAGCCCCAUAGUCCUAAGGCCAACAUACAGUCUGCCAGUCUGGAGCGGAGAGAGGAGAUGGUGUAAAACCAUCAAACAAAAUCUGAUUUGCCACACUAUCCAAGGCUGUCAAACUGCUGUCACAUAAGCUGCUGCAGGCGAAUAGCAGUAUGCUCACUGUGAAUUCUGUUAAUGCUAUUAAAGAUGGACAUGGUGGAGCUUGUGAAGUUGCAGUACACUUAAGAGUUUCACAAACUAGAAACAGGAAAUGUAUGUCUUAUCUAAAACAAUGCCAGUCACAUGACUCUGCUGAUUAACUGGAGCCAAAUGUUUUUUAGGAGACACAAAAUUGCUGUGCAAUUAUUUCAACACAUUUAGUUGGUCUCCCUGAAAUGAAACCUUUCAGUAGCAUGCCCAGCAGGCCAAAGUCAAUUUUAUUUUGAGCACACUGCCAGCCUGAAGAUGCAUUCAGAUUCAACACAGAGCAAAUACCUGCUUAAUUUUCAUGACUUUGACCACUACAGUCUAGGCACAGUCUAUGUU